AUGGACCGGGACGGGGAGCCCCCCUCGGAGGGGGACCCCCCCGGGGACGGGGAGCUGGAGGCGCUGGUGGAGGCGGCCUGGGCGUCGGGGGGCCCGUCGGGGGGCCCGUCGGGGGGCCCCGGGGCGCAGCGCGUGGUGCUGGUGGGCGAGCUGGGCCACCGGGGCCGCCGGGAGCCCGGACGGGCGCUGCUCCGGGACUUCGCCGCCGCCCUCUUCCCCGGGGCUGCCCGCCCGGCGCCGGACCGGGGCCCGGGGCAGGCCCGGAGGGCGGCCCGGAGGGGGCGGCGGCGGCGGCGGGGGGGGGGCCCCGACUCGGCCGGACCCCGGCGGGCGCUGCGCUGCCUGCUGCUGGUGGUGCUGGUGUGGGCGGCCCGUCUGCGGGGGGCACCGCGGGCGGUGCGGGCCAUGCUGCGGGACCUCCGCGCCCGGAGCCCCCGACGGGCCCCGCCCGCGCUCCUCGGCGUCGCCCUGCUCGGCGCCCGCCCGGGGGACCAGCAGGAGGACCGGGAGGAGCGGGAGGAGCGGGAGGAGGGCCGCGCGGAGGGCUGCGCGGAGGAGGAGGCGGUGCGGCGCCUGGAGGCGCUGGUGCGGCGGGCGUGGGGCGGGGGCGCCGUGCGGGUGGCGGCCUACUGGCCCUCCCGGCCGCACACCGUGCUGGCCGUCCGACAAGCAGCCUGCCACGCGCUCCAAGACGCCCUGCCCGCGCGACCCCCAGAUGAGCGGAUACGGGAGAGGCCAGGACUCUCGGACCUCUUCAGGUGCUUUCCUUGGGGCCCCCGGACCAGGAGGAAGGGCCGGGUCGCGACCACGGGCAACCGGCCUGCCGAAGACGGCCUUCCCGAACCCGAGGAGGAGCUGGCGCUGACCACCGUGGCUCCCAACGGAGACUGCCAAGAUGGGGGCAGAGGGAACAGAGCCUAGGAGCCGGAGGCGCCUCUCCUCAACCACCGGGACAGGGCGGCCCAAACUCGGCCCUUCUCCUGACGGCUGGGGGACUCUGCCGCGGGACAGCAGUCAUCGUCCGAGCCGGGGCCGGACUCCCCGAUUGUCCAGGUCUUUUCCCUCCGCCGUGCCUCCAUCUCCCCGUCUGUAAAAUGGAGCCUCGUAGGGCUGUUGGGAGGAUGACCGCAACGUUGCUGGACGGGACAAACGGUUGUGAAAUCGGGGUUCUUCUUCCAGCCCCACCUCGCUGUGGGAUCCGUGCAAGACGUAUUAACCUGCUGUGCCUCGGUUUACCCAUUUGGGGAGAAGAUUAACCUACCUCUCAGGGUCAUUAUCAUCGUUAUCAGUAAGAACAAUAGGGUAGCUGACCUGAGAGGCUAUAGGGAGCUACCGAAUUACUAAUAAGGCCUAGGAGCUUAUUUAGGCACAUUUAAGUGUAGAUACUGGGGACACAUACACACAAAACACCCCCCUCACACACCCCUCGUGCUUCACCCUCAGAGAAAAGAGGACAAAGUCGUCUCCACCUCCAGCUUUUCCAACCGCUUCCUCCGGAGCAAAGAGAAGGAAGGAUCCAGCCAGGACAAAAAAGCAGAACCCAGGGCUGGGAGUCAGAAGGACCUGGGUUCUCAUCCUGGCUCCGCCACCUGUCUGCGGUGUGACC